AUGUUUGGUCCAUAUAUAGCUACAUUCAUGCUUAAAUACCUUGGAAGAAGACCAGUUUUCUGCAUUUUACAAUUCAUUAGUGGUGUAAUUUAUCUUUUAAUGCUUACUGCUAAUCAGACACGCUUUUGGAUCUUAAUCUUAAUGAGAGCGCUUAUGGAUUUAGCCAUUGGUGGUAUUUCUUCAACCGCUCCUACAAUGCUUGUAGAAGUUGCCCCAGAAGGACUCUCUGGAUUCUUCGGCAAUCUCGCACAAACUGGCAUUUGCACAGGAUGCAUCAUAGUUUACUUAGCUGGUAAUUGGACAGCAAAUGUUGAUAAACAAGCCUACAAAUGGUGGAUUAUCCCGAUUAUCACCGCAGCAUUUAACUUUUUGAGCUGCUUAUUGAUAUGGAUAUGCCCAGAAACAGGCCAUCACGCAAUGAUUGCUGAUCAUGAAGAAAUUGGCGCAACGAAAGAGAGUUUAUGCCAAAAGAAGUACCUUGGAAAGCUUUUUGUUGGAGUAAUGCUCAUGAUUAUCCAACAAUUUAGCGGAAUUAACGCAAUUGUUACAAAUCUCGACGAUAACUUACGUACAUCCAAAGUUCCAAUGGAUUCUGGCAUUGCAUCUGCAAUUUCUAUGUUCAUGAUGGUCAUUGCAGUCUUUAUUGGCGGAAUGCUGAUUGAUAAAUUAGGAAGAAAGUUAUUGUUUACAGCAUCAUGCCUUGGAUGUGGAAUAACAUUAAUUGUCUAUGCCUGCUGCUACAAUUAUGACUGGCCAUCUUGGAUUGCUUUGAUUUGCAUCUGCCUCUACUUGUUCUUAUUUGGUGUUGCUCUUGGACCUGUCCCAUGGUAUUGCAUUCCAGAACUCUUCCCAGCGAACCUUCGUUCUCUUGGAAAUUCGAUAGUCAGUACAACGAAUCAGCUUUUCACUUUUGUUGUCAUCUUUAUCUUCCCAAUCAUGACUGGCAAAAAGAAUCCAGACACAGGAAAGUUCAGUGGCGGAAUGGGCUACAUGGCCACCUGUUUACUCUUUGCGUCAUUCUCUAUAUUGGGAGGACUCUUUGGCUGGUUCAUGAUUACAGAGCCAGUUAAAGAUAUGAGUUCUUCAAUUUUAGAGAGUAAUAACCAAUAUCAAUAA